GCGCAUCCCAGCGUGCCCCGCGGGCGGACUACACUUCCCAGCAUGCACCGCGCGCGGGGCGGAGCGGAGCGGCCGCCGCUCCCCUUUUGUUGGUGCCGGCGGGGCCUGGAGGCGGCGGGGGCGGCCCGGUAUGGGCGACCAGGAAGCGCUGCGGAAGAUCAUCACCACUUUGGCUGUGAAGAAUGAGGAGAUCCAGAACUUCAUCUACUCCCUCAAGCAGAUGCUGCAGAACGUGGAGGACAACUCCGCGCGGGUGCAGGAGGACCUGGAGGGGGAGUUCCAGUCUCUGUACGCGCUGCUGGACGAGCUGAAGGACGGCAUGCUGAUGAAGAUCAAGCAGGACCGCGCCAGCCGCACCUACGAGCUGCAGGCGCAGCUGGCGGCGUGUGCCAAAGCUCUGGAGAGCUCGGAGGAGCUGCUGGAGACGGCCAACCAGACCCUGGCCACGGCCAACAACCACGACUUCGCCCAGGCUGCCAAACAGAUCAAGGAUAGUGUGACGAUGGCUCCCGCCUUCCGCCUCUCGCUCAAGGCCAAGGUGAGCGACAACAUGAGCCACCUGAUGGUGGAUUUUGCCCAGGAGCGCCGCCUGCUGCAAGCCCUGGCCUUCCUGCCAGUGCCGAGCACCCCGGAGAUCGACCUGACGGAAUCGCUGGUGGCCGAUAACUGCGUGACGCUGUCCUGGAGGAUGCCCGACGAGGACAGCAAGAUCGACCACUACGUGCUGGAGUACCGCAGGACCAACUUCGAGGGGCCGCCCCGAGCCAAGGAGGAGCAGCCCUGGAUGGUGGUGGAGGGCAUCAAGGGCACUGAGUACACCCUGUCCGGGCUGAAGUUUGACAUGAAGUACAUGAAUUUCCGGGUGCGGGCGUGCAACAAGGCCGUGGCCGGCGAGUUCUCCGAGCCGGUCACGUUGGAGACGAGAGCGUUCAUGUUCCGGCUGGAUGCCAGCACGUGCCACCAGAACCUGAGGGUGGAGGAUUUCAGCGUGGAGUGGGACGCCACGGGCGGCAAGGUGCAGGACGUGAAGGCGCGCGACAAGGACGGGAAGGGCAGGACCGCGUCGCCCGCCAACUCCCCCGCCAGGGCCGUGCAGUCACCCAAGAGGAUGAGCCUGGGCCGCGCGGGCAGGGACCGCUUCACCGCCGAAUCCUACACGGUUCUGGGUGACACGCUGAUCGACGCCGACGACCACUACUGGGAGGUGCGGUACGACCGGGACAGCAAAGCCUUCGGCGUGGGGGUGGCGUACCGCAGCCUGGGCAAGUUCGACCAGCUGGGCAAGACCUCGGCGUCCUGGUGCCUGCACCUCAACAACUGGCUGCAGGUCAGCUUCAGCGCCAAGCACGCCAACAAGGCCAAGGUGCUGGACGUGCCCGUGCCCGACUGCAUCGGCGUCUAUUGCAACUUCCACGAAGGGUUCCUGUCCUUCUACAACGCCCGCACCAAGCAGCUGCUGCACACCUUCAAGGCACGGUUUGCGCAGCCGGUGCUGCCAGCCUUCAUG